CUUUAUCCUAGUUCGUGGAUUUUUAUGUGUGUGUGGAUUGUCGUGAUUGGGUUAUGCAAAUUGCAAACUUUAGUGCGGCAGGUGUCAUGAUGUGCUUUAACCGUAUCUAUUUGGUUCAAUACGCUAAACAUUUUGAUAGAUCCAAGAUGUUGUAUAUGGAAUACAAGUUUAGAAAAAAUGUUGUGGUCGUGACUAUGAACAAUCUAAGAGUUUUCACUAUUCUGGAUCCAUAUAUUGGAUAAACAUCAUUUAGAUGACGACUGAUAGAAUGAUUCUAUGGUCGGAUAUUGGUGAAUCGUGCUUUUGAGAUUCUCGGAUUGUAACUUUUGCUUGAGACAGGACUACCUUAUGAAAGAAAGAAAGCCGAUGGUGCUGUUGUGGAGUGGUUAUAGGACUUCAAUUCGGUGUUUGAGUUGCCUUCCUGCUAGAUUGUGCGUCAGGUAUAUAAUGACUUUGAAGAAUAAUUUUGCAAAAGAAAAAGUGGGAAAUUAUGAGUGGAAAAAUGUGAAUUAACUGGCAAGACUCCUUUGGUGCGGAUGGUUAAAUAGAUAAUCCAAAUGUGAUGCAUGUUUAAUUGUUUGUAGCAGUAUUGUGGUAACUGGUUUCCGUGUUCUGGCCACGAUCAGCGCCACAGUUGCACAUCUCUCUGCUCUCCUGUCGACCACAUGCUCCUUUAUACUCUUUACCUGUACGCCAAAACCUUCAAAUGAUCGGCGCUGGUGAUAAAAAUCUAACUGUUAUUAUCCGAAAGUUCAUUAAUCAACCGGACUGCGCUUUCAAACUUUUUGCACUCAUCUUGCACUGAAUUUUUUUUCCCCUGUUUUUUCCCUCCCUUUUGGUUGGACCUUCUAUUGUAUCGGGGUCAUGGGUUUCUCUUACCUCCGAAACUAGCCGAGCGCUGACCCCGUGGUGCGGCUGGGGGACUGCUCAAUCGUCUGGUGUCAAAAGUCCCGCUGCAGAUAGAUUAGUUCACACGUGGCAUCAUUUUAUAGGGCCACUGGCUUCCAGCCCAUCCAAAUAUGCAAAUCUCCGCAACUCAACCUUCACCAAGGCACAGCCCAGCACGCCUCGCCUUUGUGUGAAGGAGCCUGUUCCAUAGGCUACGCUCUCCUCCUCUUUCAUGGCUCCGGCCCUCACCUCAAGCUCCUUCCGCCUAUCCUCUGGUCUUGGUGCCAAACCCGAAUCCAAGGGUGCUCCGAAGGCAGCAUCCGUUAUUUAUGCUAGGCAAAACCUGUUUGAGUUCGGAAGGCGGAAGAAGGGGGCAUCCGAAGACGAGACCCAGGCCGAGGGAUCUGCAAAGCCCAACCGUUUCUUCAUCGAUUUCGGCAAGAUUGGAGACGCCAAGUCUGUCAUCCCGGUCGUGAGCACUCCAUCCACCUAUCUCUUCCUCAGCCGGAGGCGAAAGGAUCCGCGAACGGUGUUCGUUGCGGGUGCCACGGGACAGGCGGGCGUCCGCAUCGUCCAGACCCUCCUUCGUCAAGGCUUCGCCGUACGGGCAGGCGUCCCCGACCUCCCCUCCGCCCAAGAGCUUGCCCGCAUCGCUGCUACCUACAAGGUCAUCACGCCGGAGGAGUCGAAACGGCUCAACGCGGUGGAGUCGACGUUCGACGAGGCUGAGUCCAUCGCCAAGGCCAUCGGCCCCGCCGCCAAGGUGGUGGUGACCAUCGGCCCUGCCGAGAAGGGGCCCUCCGCGACGGUCACCACCAACGACGCCCUCCAGGUCGUCCGCGCCGCCCAGCUGGCCGGGGUGGGCCACGUGGCGGUGGUCUACGACUCGGGGACCGGGAUAUCAGGGCCGUCCACCUACAACGUCCUGGAUGGGAUCACGUCCUUCUUCUCCAACCUCUUCGAUCGGUCCCAGCCGCUGACGCUGGGGGAGUUCCUCUCCAAGGUGGUGGAGACGGACGUGAGCUACACCCUCAUCAAGACCUGCCUGACCGAGGACUACGCCACGGAGAGCUCCUAUCCCUUGGUCGUCUCCAAGGAAGGGACCAGCUUGGAAGCACCGACCAAAUCCAGGGUCGCGAGAUCGCAGAUUGCUACCCUCGUCGCCGAUGUCUUCUCCAAUACUUCGAUCGCAGAGAAUAAGGUUGUUGAAGUCUCUACCAGCCCAUCUUCAACCUCAAAGCCAAUAGUUGAUCUUUUCAGUGCCAUUCCUGAAGAUGGAAGAAGAAAAGCAUAUGCAGAAGCUGUGGCAAAGGCGAAGGCGGAGGAGGAAGCCAUAAUAGCCUCAGAGAAAGCUCGUGAGGCAGCAGAGGCUGCUAAGAAGCUUGAAGAAGAGAUGAAGAAAUUGUCAGAGCAAGAAGUUCAGGCUGCUAGCCUCGCCGAAGAAGCCCGAGAGAAAGUAGAGGCAGCAGGGGCUUCACUAGACGAACUCUUGAGUAGGGCAAAGGGAUUUGGUGCAGAAUUCUCGUGGGAGAAAUUGAGUUCACAAAUAGCGACUGCAGUUGCUCAAAAUACUGACGACAAACCAAAAACACAAAUUGCCACCGUCAGAGGCCAGGCCAAGGCUCGAAAUCUGCCACCACAGAAGGCAGUUAUAAAGCAACCAGCACAGAAAUCAAAACCUAAGCAGCCAGAUGGCCCAGAUCAAAAAGCAGAGGUGAGGAACGUGUUUGGCGGCCUUUUUAAGCAAGAAACAAUUUAUGUAGAUGAUGACUGAGUCUCGCAGCUGGUAUCCACCGGGGGGUGGGGGGGCUGUUUUCGUUCAGAAUUGCCUUGCAUAGCAUGUGUCUUUUGAAACUAUGGAGGGACUUUGUUGAAAGCCUAUUAACAUCAUUUUCUUUUUCUUUUUUCUUGAAUCGAAGAUCUUCCUCGAAACUGUGUAAAAUGAUUGUUUCUUGCCCACCAGCUUCCUCGAGAGGUCGGUGCGGAAUUUAUGUGGCACGGCUGCUUAGAGUCGACCAACUUUAACACUUUAAAAAAAA